UACUUUAGAAAGAUUAUGGUAAGCAUGCUGGCUCAGUCUUGAACCUUUGUCACCCCUCACGUUGCACACCAAAGACAUACCCUAGUGAUUAAAUGCUGAUUUUGUGUACGAUUGUCCACGGACGCCAAAACAAUCACAGAGCUGCUUGAUUUGUUUUAAUUACCAGCACAAAAUGCCAUCAGUCUGGGACGUGAUCGGGCAGAGGUGUACUCACAGUAGUGUAAAUACUGCUGUAAAUAGUUGCCUGAUGGUGGCUUUGACAGUGAGCUAGCUUCUGAGUUUUCCCUUCUUUUUAUACUGUUUUCCGCACUGGCUUUUUGAAUCUUCCUAAUUUUUCAUCUCCUUAACAAACUCCUAUGAAGUUGAAACCGGGAAGUUUGCUCUAACAUUUCAAGAGAAGGUAUUAAGUCAUGAUGCAGGAAUCUGCGACAGAGACAAUAAGCAACAGUUCAAUGAAUCAAAAUGGAAUGAGCGCUCUAAGCAGCCAAUUAGAUGCUGGCAGCAGAGAUGGAAGAUCAAGUGGUGACACCAGCUCAGAUGUUAGCCCCGUAGAACUGCUGCACCUGCAACAACAGCAGGCUCUCCAAGCAGCAAGACAACUUCUCUUACAGCAGCAAACAAGUGGAUUGAAAUCUCCUAAGAGCAGUGAUAAACAGAGACCACUGCAGGAAUUGCUUCCAGAAACAAAAUUAUGUGUCUGUGGCCACUCUUCUGGUGAUGGGCAUCCUCACAACACAUUUGCAGUGCCCGUGUCGGUGGCCAUGAUGACUCCCCAGGUGAUCACCCCUCAGCAGAUGCAGCAGAUUCUUCAGCAACAAGUCCUGUCUCCUCAGCAGCUCCAAGCCCUUCUCCAGCAGCAGCAGGCAGUCAUGCUGCAGCAGUCAAAAUGGUUUAUUCAGCAACAACUACAAGAGUUUUACAAGAAACAGCAAGAGCAGUUACAUCUUCAGCUUUUGCAGCAGCAGCAACAGCAGCAGCAGCAGCAGCAGCAGCAGCAACAGCAGCAGCAGCAGCAACAGCAGCAGCAGCCCCAGCAGCCCCAGCAGCCGCCGCCGCCACCCCACCCGGGCAAGCAGGCGAAGGAGCAGCAGCAGCAGCAGCAGUUGGCAGCCCAGCAGCUUGUCUUCCAGCAGCAGCUCCUCCAGAUGCAACAACUCCAGCAGCAGCAGCAUCUGCUCAGCCUUCAGCGUCAGGGACUCAUCUCCAUCCCACCUGGCCAGGCGGCACUUCCUGUCCAAUCGCUGCCUCAAGCUGGCCUAAGUCCUGCUGAGAUUCAGCAGUUAUGGAAAGAAGUGACUGGAGUUCACAGUAUGGAAGACAAUGGCAUUAAACAUGGAGGGCUAGACCUCACUACUAACAAUUCCUCCUCGACUACCUCCUCCACCACUUCCAAAGCAUCACCACCAAUAACGCAUCAUUCCAUCGUGAAUGGACAGUCUUCAGUCCUAAGUGCAAGGCGGGACAGCUCGUCACACGAGGAGACUGGGGCUUCUCACACUCUGUACGGCCAUGGAGUUUGCAAAUGGCCAGGCUGUGAAAGCAUUUGUGAAGAUUUUGGACAGUUUUUAAAGCACCUUAACAAUGAGCAUGCGCUGGACGACCGGAGCACGGCCCAGUGCCGAGUACAAAUGCAAGUGGUCCAACAAUUAGAAAUACAGCUUUCUAAAGAACGCGAACGUCUUCAAGCAAUGAUGACCCACUUGCACAUGCGACCCUCAGAGCCCAAACCAUCUCCCAAACCUCUAAAUCUGGUGUCUAGUGUCACCAUGUCGAAGAACAUGUUGGAGACAUCCCCACAGAGCUUACCUCAAACCCCUACCACACCAACGGCCCCAGUCACCCCGAUUACCCAGGGACCCUCAGUAAUCACCCCAGCCAGUGUGCCCAAUGUGGGAGCCAUACGAAGGCGACAUUCAGACAAAUACAACAUUCCCAUGUCAUCAGAGAUUGCCCCAAACUACGAAUUUUAUAAAAAUGCAGAUGUCAGACCUCCAUUUACUUAUGCAACUCUCAUAAGGCAGGCUAUCAUGGAGUCAUCUGACAGGCAGUUAACACUUAAUGAAAUUUACAGCUGGUUUACACGGACAUUUGCUUACUUCAGGCGUAAUGCAGCAACUUGGAAGAAUGCAGUACGUCAUAAUCUCAGCCUGCACAAGUGUUUUGUUCGAGUAGAAAAUGUUAAAGGAGCAGUAUGGACCGUGGACGAAGUAGAGUACCAGAAGCGAAGGUCACAAAAGAUAACAGGAAGCCCAACCUUAGUAAAAAAUAUACCUACCAGUUUAGGCUAUGGAGCAGCUCUUAAUGCCAGUUUGCAGGCUGCCUUGGCAGAGAGCAGUUUACCUUUGCUUAGUAACCCGGGACUGAUCAAUAACGCCUCCAGUGGCCUGCUGCAGGCCGUCCACGAAGACCUCAAUGGCUCCCUGGACCACAUCGACAGCAACGGGAACAGUAGUCCGGGCUGCUCGCCGCAGCCACACAUACAUUCGAUCCAUGUCAAGGAAGAGCCGGUGAUUGCGGAGGAUGAAGACUGCCCAAUGUCCUUAGUGACAACAGCUAAUCACAGUCCAGAAUUAGAAGAUGACAGAGAGAUUGAAGAAGAGCCUUUAUCUGAAGAUCUGGAAUGAGAACUGACUUGUGAAACCUCAGCGUGAAGGGACAUAUCACUGACCUUCAUAACCACUCCACAACCAUGAAUAUUUGACAAAUUUUUACUGUGACUAUUUAUUAAGCAUGGAUAAAGGAGACAGCCCUAAAGGAACUUACUAAGCCAGCCCUUUGGGAUUCAGUACCAACAGGCAAAUUGCUUGUUUUCUUCCCUUCCUCUCUCUCUCUUUCUCCCUCUCAAUCU